AUGUCAACCUUUACGUGGGAGGAUCUAUUAAGUGGCGUAGACACCAUUCAAGAGGUGCGCUACGCUAUCGCGGCGAUGUACGCCUUGCAGCUUUAUGAGUGGUUCGCGUCGUUCGAUAAGGAAGUUUCCCUUAUCCACCAAGCGCGAUGGUCCUCUAUCAAGGUCGCAUACCUUCUUUGCCGCUAUUAUCCCCUCUGUUUCUGGCCAGUGUUCAUGUGGGCCUACAUCGGGAAUCACGGUCCAGAAGUGUGCAAAUACGUCUUACGGCCUAUUCAUGGAUUGCUCGCACCAUUUCUAUUUUUCUCUCAAGGUUCGAGUCUCGCCAAGUUCACCAACGAUUUAGCAUCUUACUUGAAUCCAGCCGUGAUGGUGAUGAGAGCCUACGCGUUCUCUGGGCGCAAUAGACGGGUUUUGAUACCUCUGGCAACAUGUUACUCAGGCCUACUCGCUGUGAACAUUUGGGUUUUCUGCAUUCGCAUCGAAGCUAUACCGUCAUCCUUUUACACCCUGAUUGGCGGAACUGGCUGUUUCCCCGACUAUGGCGAUCAGGUCAUGGCUGAGAAAAUUGGGUAUUCAAUGUUAGCUGCGACGCUCAUGGACUUGAUAUCUCUCGUUUUUGUUUUUAUUCAAUGUCGGAAAGCGCAAAACAGGGAGGUCUCCCUUGCACGGUACUUCAUUAGCCAAGGUCUCUCUGCGUUUGGCUUUAUUGCCUUCAUAAAUGCAACGAGCGCCGUAUGCUUCUUCCGUCCGAAUCACGGUGGUCGUGGUGUUGGCCUACCUCUGGUUCUUAUCUCGUCAAACCUCGUUGCUUGCAGAGUGAUCCUCCUCUUGCGCCGAAAAGCGUCCCCGACGCACUAUGAAAUAUCAAGGAGAAACUCGAAUAUUGUUCGUAACGCACUCAAAGAUUCCGACGUAUGGACUAUGAAUCCCGAAGAAUAG